UCCUGCUUUCCACCGCAGAAGUGACAGACGGAACGAAAACAAAAUGCGAUAGUUUAACUUCGCCGAUGAGCUGUGAUCGAUAACAGCGUCGUUAUCGCUUCUCGGCGUAUUUCACUGACAGCCUAUUUAAAUGUCAUAUAUCUGUACCUGAGGCGCGUGGCAGUAAUAUAAAAUUAACCAUGCAGUUCUCUCCCACCAACGGAGAUUUCACGUUCGUCUCCUCGACAGAGGCUGAAGAGCUCAGCGGCACCAUCAGUGCCCCAGAUAUAAAGCUAAACAUGGGCAGUGAGAGCGGUAAAGAUCCAUAUGCCACCACCUUCCUGAGGCAGCGAGGCUAUGGAUGGCUGCUGGAAGUGGAGGAGGAUGACAGUGAAGAGACCAAACCCCUUUUGGAGGAGCUGGACAUUGACCUGAAGGACAUCUAUUACAAGAUUCGAUGUGUGCUGAUGCCAAUGCCAUCACUGGGUUAUAACCGGCAGGUGGUCAGAGACAACCCGGACUUCUGGGGCCCUCUAGCUGUGGUGCUGCUCUUCUCCAUGAUCUCCAUCUAUGGACAGUUCAGGGUCGUGUCUUGGAUCAUCACCAUCUGGAUAUUUGGAUCGCUAACAAUCUUCCUGCUGGCUCGUGUUCUCGGUGGCGAGGUUUCCUUCGGCCAGGUUCUGGGAGUGAUUGGAUAUUCCCUUCUGCCUCUCAUCGUUAUAGCCCCUCUGCUCUUAGUGAUCGGAGGGUUUGAGGUCGUUUCUACACUAAUCAAACUGUUCGGAGUGUUCUGGGCUGCUUACAGUGCUGCUUCACUGCUCGUCGGAGAUGAAUUUAAAACAAAGAAGCCCCUUCUCAUAUAUCCCAUUUUCCUUUUGUAUAUCUACUUCCUAUCAUUAUAUACUGGUGUGUGACUGGAUGAGUUGAAACUGUGGACCUUUUCAUGGACAUUGGCCCUGGAGCAUGGGGAAAGAAGUCAAACUAUGGAACCAGGAUUUUUUUAAAAGGUGUUUAUUUCUUUUUUAACUCUAUUAAAUCCUAGAUGGUGGGGAUGUUGGGAAUAUAUAUAUCUAUGUAUAUAGUUUUGUCCCUUAUGUCUUUGGUCAAUAAAUUGCAUAUGCUUUUACAGCUUAAACUUCAGUAUGCAGACUUACUGUUAUAAACCGCAGGAAAUAGUCACAGGGUUGUAUAUUAAUUUAAUGAUUUUUUUUUUUUUACUCUUUAUCCCACUGAAGAAUGUGGUGCCAAAUAUUUGUGGUGUUUAUGUUCAUGCUGAAGGAAGAAAAUGUGAGACACGCCACCGCAAAGAACGAAGGAGAUUGUUGUGCAUUAUGUUCUUCAUUGUUAUGCACUGUAAUGUACUAUGAGAAGUGUCCAUCCAAGUGUCCAUUUUCGUUGUACACGAACUUGUUUUCAUAAUUUAUGGAUUCCAGCAGCAGAAGCAGGUCGACUGGGGCAGUUCGAGUGUUACAAACCAUUGUCUGCUAAAUGUGGUGCCUUUUUCUCCCCACCCAUUAGUCCUGUUUGUCAGCCAUUUAAUGCAGGAAUAUAAUCAUUUGAUCAGUAAUUACAGUAAAUUGAUAUAGUUAUUUGUCACUUAACAUCUGGUAUUUCCUGACUGAUUUUUUCAUUAUAUACAGUAAACACAGCUGGUCACACUAA